AUGCGUCGGGACUUCUACAGCGGGAAGGGCCUCCCUGAAGGGCUGUUCCCCCCUCCGCUGGCAGAACAAUGCAGGAUAUGGCACAAGCCUCCCUCCCUGCUGGCGAGAGCGCCUUGGUUCGGACACAAUGCGGAGCUACGCCAGGACGCGCUGCUCUCUGCUUACUUUGGGCUGGUAACAAGAAGCAAGUUGCAGAGUUUGUGCAGGAUACAGCAAAUGAUUCUUGUUUCUUUUAACUUUGUAGCUACUGGAGCUGAUGGUGACCUCUAUAUAAACCAAGCUGUAGUAUUUAUUGAAGAUGCCAUACAGUAUCGGUCUAUAAAUCACCGUGUGGACUCCAAAUCCCUGUGGCUUUAUCGAUGGUAUUACUCAAGAAUUUGUCAGUGGAUUUUGAGUUUAACCAUCACUAUAAUCCUGGCUUUGGCUUUUGUUGAAAAACCUUCUUCACUUACUGUCACAUCAGAUGUACGGUAUCGCCACCCUCCAUGGGAUCCCCCGUGUGGUCUAACAGAAAGUAUUGAGCUGCUUUGCUUCCUUGUGUUUGCGAUUGAUGUAUCGGUGAAGAGUUAUUUAAUUGGAUGGGAAGAAUUUUGCAAGACUAAAUGGCUGAUGGCUUAUAUCCUGACAUUAAUUGUUUCACUUGCUGAUUGGAUUGUAUCACUGAGCUUUUUUUGCACGGAGACUGUGAGAAUAAGAAGAAUUCUUCGUCCUUUCUUUCUCCUUCAGAAUUCCUCUAUGAUGAAGAAAACAUUAAAAAGCAUCAACAGCACUUUGCCUGAAAUGGCAAGUGUUGUUCUGCUACUAGCUGUUCAUCUGUCUCUCUUUACCAUGUUUGCCAUGCUGCUGUUUGCUCGAACAAAGGAUGGCCAGCAGGAUAAAGAAUGGGUGGGGUAUUUUCGGAAUUUACCAGAUUCACUGACUUCACUGCUGGUGCUGCUAACUACUGCAAAUAAUCCUGACGUGAUGAUUCCUGCAUAUUCUAAGAAUCGAGCCUAUUCAAUCUUCUUUAUACUCUUCACUGUGUUAGGGAACUUGUUUCUGAUGAACUUGCUGACAGCAAUAAUAUAUAACCAGUUUAGAGGGUAUCUUCUGAAAUCUGUUCAGUCCUCCCUCUUCAGGAGGCGUCUAGGAAUCCGGGCUGCAUUUGAAGUACUCUGCCCCCUGGAAGAGACCCCUGCUAAUGAACAAGAGUUGUGUGUCAGUGUUGGGGACUUAUUUCAAGUGCUGCAGAAAGUUGAAAUGGAUUCUCGUUGCAAGCAAGCCAUUAUAAGAUCACUUAAAACAUCUUCCUGUGACCGGCUGUCAGCUGCUCAGUUUCAGAAGCUCUUUGAAGAACUGGACAAAGAUGCUAUUAAACAACAUCCUCAUAGCCCAGAGUACCAAUCACACUUUAUGCAGAAACUGCAGUUUGUCUUUGGCCAUUCUUACUUUGGCUACUUGGGGAAUGUGGUAGCCCUUGCAAACAUUAUUUCUAUAUGUGUGGUUUUGGUGAUGGAUGCAGAUAAACAGCCCUCAGAAAGAGAUGACUUCUUCCUGGGGGCUAUCAACUGCUUCUUCAUUUUGUACUAUCUUCUGGAAAUGUUGCUGAAAAUCUUGGCAAUGGGGUUAAAAAGAUACUGGUCUUAUCCAAGCAAUAGGUUUGAUGGACUUCUGACUGGAAUUCUCCUGGUUUUAGAGAUUGCAACUUUUGCUGUCUAUGGAUUUCCUCAUCCUGGCUGGAGACCUGAGUUCAUGGGCUUGCUGUCCCUGUGGGAUAUGGUUCGACUCGUGAACAUGCUAAUUGUAUUCAGGUUCCUGCGGAUUAUUCCUAAUAUGAAGUUCAUGUCUUUAGUUGUGACAACACUGCUGGAUCUGGUUAAAAAUUUGAGAGCCUUUGCAGGAAUUCUGGUGGUGGUUUUCUAUGCGUUUGCGAUAACUGGCAUAAUGCUUUUUAAAGGCUCUGUUGUUCCUAUGGGGAAUAUCAGUAUCACCAAUGCAACAUCUGAUAAUGGCACUCUGCCGUGUGGGACAUAUGAGCAGCUGGAAUAUUGGCCAAACAACUUCGAUGACUUUGCUGCAGCGGUGGUGACCCUCUGGGAUGUGAUGGUGGUGAACAACUGGCAGGUCUUCCUGGAAGCAUUUUCAAGAUAUUCGAGUCCGUGGGCAAAGAUCUAUUUCAUAGCCUGGUGGUUGAUUUCCUCCGUCAUCUGGGUCAAUCUCUUUGUAGCUUUACUUCUGGAGAACUUUAUUCAUAAGUGGGACCGUCACUGUCAUCGGGAAACUCUCUCAGAUGUUGAGUACCAGAGGACAGUUGAACUAAUGUUCAGAGAUGUUUUGGAAGAACCUACAGAGGAAGAGCUAAUGGAAAGACUUCACCAGCAUCCACACCUGCAUUUAUGUAGGUGACUGGUGGGAUGGACUGAUAUAUUUAGACCUCUAUUUUGUUGAGGUUGUCAGCUGGAAGAAACUGAAUGGAUUUUCUGUGAGAUGCUGUAAUAGGGGGUUUGCAGGGCAGCAUGUAAAAUAUUGGUUGGCAAUUCUCUACGAGAGGAUUUUUUU